AUGAAUACAGCUGUCAACGUGAAAGUUGGACGUAAUUUCCGGUGUGCUGUUGAUAUGAUUCCGGUCAGACUGUGCAGGUUUUACCCAGCUUGGAAGGUGUUAUUGUGGCCGUCUGUCUGUUAUUUGUCCAACAUGCCUCUUGAGGUGAAGCCUCGUUUUGUUGUGUUGUACGGCUCUCAGAAGGGUCAGGCUCAGUCCAUAGCUGAGGGCAUCGCCGAGGAGGCUGAGGAGCACGGCCUGAUUGCUGAUCUCUGCUGCCUGAACCAAAACGACAAGUACAACUUGGAGAAGGAGCGUGCCCCGGUAGUCUUUGUCGUGUCUACCACUGGAGAUGGGGAGCCUCCAGACAAUGCCCUACAGUUUGUGAAGCGCAUCAAGAAAAGGACCCUCUCCCCUGAUCACUAUAAACACCUUUUAUAUGCACUUUUAGCUUUAGGAGACACAAAUUACGCAAAUUUCUGCAACUGCGGGAAGACAAUUGAACGUCGUCUUCGGGAACUCGGAGCCAAACAGUUCUACCCGACGGGGUACGCAGAUGACGGCGUAGGGUUGGAGCUGGUUAUUGACCCUUGGCUCAAAGGACUGUGGAAUUCCAUUAAAGACACCUUAUCAAAGAUGGCUUCUGACAGAACUGUCCAACUUAAGGAAGAUUCUGCCAAAGAAAUUCCUGAGUCAUUCUUACCGGACGUCCAGUUGAACCUCUUGAGCAUCGCUGAUAAACAGAUCUGUGAGCCAGACUCUAAAUAUCCUUCUUCUUUGGCCAUUUCUGAUGUCAGGCCAGCUUCAGCGUCAACUGUCUCUUCAUCAGCACCAAAAACACAAGCCUGUAGUGAAGGAGUCCCCCAGGUUUCCUUGGCAGCCUCACUGACAAGCUCCCUACCGCCGCUGUCUGAGUCCUCUCUGAAUGUUCCUGCGUUGCCUCCGCCAUACUUAGACGUUACUUUACAGGAAGCAGACGCUGUGGAGCAGGCUGUUGAACGUUUGAGCAAGGAGACUUGUAAUGAGGUGCCCAUCUCUAAGGCGGUUCAGCUGAGUAAAGGAGACUCGGUGAAGACAGCUCUUCUGCUGGAACUGGAUAUUUCUGCUUUCCCAUCCAUGACCUAUCACCCUGGAGAUUCUUUUGACGUGUUUUGCCCAAAUGUGGCCGAAGAGGUGGACCAUCUGCUCCAUAGACUCGGCUUUCAGGACCAGAAGAACCAUCGCGUUCAGAUCUCUCUUAAACACAAUACAAAGAAAAGAGGUGCUCAAGUGCCACCACACAUUCCUGAAAAUGUUUCACUGCUGUUCCUGCUCACUUGGUGCCUUGAGAUCAGGAGUGUUCCUAAGAAGGCUUUUCUGCGAGCGCUGGUGGAACAUACGUCAGACAGCGCCCAGAGGAGGAGACUGCAGGAGCUCUGCAGUAAGCAAGGUGCUGCAGACUACAACCUCUAUGUACGAGAUCCAAACCUCAGUGUGUCGGAGCUUCUCACAGCCUUCCCGUCCUGUUCGCCUCCUCUCAGCCUCCUAAUAGAGCUUUUGCCAAAACUGCAGCCCAGGCCUUAUUCAGCAGCAAGUUCCCAUCUCAGGCAUCCGGAAAAACUGUGUUUUGUCUUCAACGUGGUUGAGUUCCCAGCGUGCUCUGGGAGGCCCACAGGCAGGCGAGGCUUGUGCACCGGCUGGCUGUUUGACCUCGUCAAUCCUGGCCUGGUUUUCCCUGAGAAGGCUGAACUGGCUCUGCCAAAGAUUCAUGUGAGUUUGAGACCCAACUGCUCCUUUCGACCUCCCUCUGACCCUUCGCUGCCCUUCAUUAUGAUUGGACCUGGAACUGGAGUGGCUCCUUUUAUAGGCUUCCUUCAGCAAAGAGAGGAGGAGAAGAAGGAAAACCCCGAGGCCAAGUUUGGUGAAACCUGGCUGUUCUUUGGUUGUCGCUACAGGAACAAAGACUACCUGUUCAGAGAGGAACUGGAGAACUUUGUGUCCAGUGGCACCUUGAAUCACCUGAAAGUGUGUUUCUCCAGAGAAGAUAGGAAGGAUGAGGAGGAACCUCCCUCAGCAGCACAACCCAGAUACGUCCAACACAAUCUGUUGCUCUGCUGCCGACAAGUCACCGACAUCCUGCUCAGACAGGACGGCUAUAUCUAUGUCUGCGGGGAUGCCAAGAACAUGGCCAAAGAUGUGAAUGAGACCCUAGUGGAGAUGAUUAAAACUGAGCUUCAAGUGGACCAACUGGAGGCCAUGAAGACACUAGCAGGACUUAGAGAGCAGAAGCGCUACUUACAGGACAUCUGGGCCUGACUGUAGAUGACUAGAUAAAGGAUUUUUGCUGCAUUUGCUGGACUAAAAAAAAAAAAAAAGGAUAGUGCAAGAUAUAUAUUUAGCCUUCUCAGCUGUAACCUCUUGAUCCAUAAAAUUGUCGCUGCAGACGCUUGAAGGUAGUUUACGCCAGCCAAUGUCACCGAGAUAGAGUCACCCAUGUGACCUGUGGAUAUCAGUUCAGUCCACCUUCCUUGCCUUUGCUGUUUAAACAGAGCUGACCUUGGUCAGUGCUGGAGAUUAGCCCCGCGGUGUGAAAAGGCUUUUAGUGUAGACACGACGCCUCGGUUUGUCCUUUCUGAUGAAAAGGCAUUUAUUACUGUCGGCCUUAAUGGAGUGACUUUGAUGAGACUGAGCGCGGGAUACUUUUCGCACCUUGACAGCACAUUAAUCUGUAUUUUUUAUUUUUUUUAAACCGCGCAUACACACAAAUAAACUGAGGCAUUCAAGUAAGGGGAAAUUGUUUUUCUUUCUUGUGUUUGUUCUUGUCGUCUGUUUCAACUAAAUGUACCGCUGCUAAAACUCGAUCUGUCACUACUUUUGUAUUUUUUUGAUUCAAUGUUUUUUUUGUUUUUUGUUCUUGUUUUUUGUUUUUUUUUUUUACAAAAUCCCAAGUGCUACAAUUAUUGCAUCCCUACAGUUCGUAUAAAACAAAAACAAAUUUAAUUGAAGGUUGUUUUUUUUUGUGUUAUUCAUGUAGAAAAUACUAUCUUGGAAAUUUUAACUCAUUUAUUCUUUUCCUGAUGUGUGAAUAUGAAGCGAGGCAGGUCAGAGGCGACCUCUCUCUGCAGGUUUACGACGGAAAUGUUUAGUGAGUCAACCUUGUGAAAUCUUCUAAGACUGAACGAUCUCCUGUAGGUAAAGCUAGGAUUGUUCAAGAAUUAACACGAGGGGGGCUUGUAAUCGGCAUCAAUGAUUUUACUUGGAGUAAAAAAAAUAGAAAAGAGUUCUGUUAAUGUUAAUGUUGAAAUGUCCUCAGAUUAAAGGUUGACCUUUUUCUACAAUUUCACUGUCAGAUUAUGAUUAUGAUAAGCUUUUCUUUUUGGCUUGUAUCACCACUUUUUUGUAAAAAAAAAUGUUGGAUUCAAUUUUGUUUUCCCCCAUUAGGCUCUUAUAAAGGUUGAGUGUAUGUUAUGCUUAUUAUAGAUAUGUUUACUUUCCACAGAACUGUAAGAGGUUUAAAAGUUAAUUUAAAUUUGCUGAGUUUACGCAUCUGUCUGUUUUAAAACCCCUCCCCGCUGAAACGUCCAGUAUUGGUUCGGAUCGUCCUACUGAUUGCUUCUGAGUGGACUGAACUUAACCUUGUUAGCCACAAAGCAAGCAUUAUGUAAAUGUGUUUCAUUCUGAUGGAUUAAACGGAACAAGGUGUCUCAGG